UAAUUAUUAUUUACUUUUGUCAGCUGUUGGAGAAGUUUGAUUUGUUGAAGUAUUAAUUGUGAACAAAAGUAAAAUAUAUUUAAAAUGAACGAGGAGGGCAAGACACCCGUAUCAUUUGCUUGCCAAAGAUGUUUGCAACCUAUUAAUAUAGAUGAAAAUUUGGAUAAUAUUGGAGAUUUGCAACAUGCUGAACUUUUAUUGCCAAUUUAUUCAAACAACGUCAAUACCAUUGACUUGCAGCAAGAUGUGAAUAGCUAUGAUCAUUUCAUUCCACCGUAUCACAUAACAGAUUCAUUUAAUGGCACGGGCUUUAUGCUUGUCUCUGAUGGGCGUGAUAAAAAAAAACUCAGCGAUGCACUUCAAUUGCAAGCACAACUAUUUGAUUGUUUGUCUUCUAACUCGGAAAUUGACCACCCUUUAUGUGAAGAAUGUGCUGACAGUAUGCUGGAGAUAAUGAAUCGUGAAUUAAAAAUAGCUGAAAAUGAAUACAAUGAUUAUAAAAAUUAUUUAAAACAUUUGGAAAAUGAUCCUGAGACACCUAAUGUAUCAGAGUUAGAAAAAGAAUUAGCCGAAUUAAAGGUUACCGAGGAACAAUUGUUAUUGGAGUUAACUAGUCUAAAAGAGCAAGAACAAGCUUUAAAUAAAGAAAUCGAAGAAGAGGAAUUAGAAAAAGAAAAAUUAAAUGAACAAGAAUCAUCAUAUUGGCGAGAGUAUACAAAGCACCGACGUGAAUUAAUGCUUACAGAAGAUGAUAAACGAAGCCUUGAAUGUCAAAUUGCAUACGCUGAUCAACAACUAGAAAAGCUUAAAGAUGCUAAUAUUUUUAAUAUAACAUUUCAUAUAUGGCAUGCUGGUCAUUUUGGAACAAUAAAUAAUUUUCGUCUUGGACGACUGCCCUCUACAUCAGUUGAUUGGUCAGAAAUAAAUGCUGCUUGGGGUCAGACAGUAUUGCUACUUUGCGCUUUAGCACGUAAAAUUGAUCUAACAUUUGAACGUUACCGUAUAGUACCAUUUGGUAAUCAUUCAUAUGUUGAAGUACUGGGUGAAAACCGUGAGUUACCGUUAUAUGGAACUGGUGGCUUUAAAUUCUUUUGGGAUACCAAAUUUGAUGCGGCUAUGGUAGCAUUUCUGGAUUGUCUAACACAAUUUCAGCAAGAAGUAGAAAAGAGAGAUAAGGAAUUCCUAUUACCAUAUAAAAUGGAUAAGGGCAAAAUUAUUGAUCCAUCAACCGGACAAUCAUAUUCAAUAAAAAUUCAAUUUAAUUCAGAAGAACAGUGGACAAAAGCACUGAAGUUUAUGCUCACUAACUUAAAAUGGGGUCUAGCUUGGGUAUCUUCACAAUUUGAUAACAAUUCCUAAACUUUUUAUUAUAUUAUUUAUAACUUAAUAUUAAGCAUUAGUGGUUAUUAUAAA